UCAAAUGAAAGGCUGAUAAAUGACAAAUUGCGAGUGGAUUCAGGAAUUGUGACAACUAAUUAAUGGGAAGAGUAUAACUUUAGUGAUUAAUAAAUAUUGUUAAUAAAAUACAAAGAUGAAUAAUGCAAUGAAAGUGAUUAGCAGUUCUCGUGUUUUCGCCAGAAACAUUACUACAACUGCUAGAAGAGAAGUCCAAGAAAGACCUUCAGCCAAAUUCCAAAAACUAAAAGAAAAUCAACAAAGGUUCCAGGUUGAAGAUGGUGUCCCAGUGUAUUUGAAGAAAGGUGCACCUGAUAAAAUGCUGUUUCAAGCAACAACAGGCUUGCUAUUUGUAGGACUAGCAAUGACAUUCAAAACAUUCUGGGACCUCUCUUUUGGUAAAUCAUGGGGAGCAGGAGGCUAAAUAAUGUAAUGUUAUAAUACUGAACUUUUAAUGUUCAUUGAACUUUAAUUCAGGAACUUUUUGUAGUCAACUAUAAUAAAUUAUUAAUAGCU